AUGGUUCUAGGGAUUAUUCAUAGCCUGAAAAGCAAGUAUCAGAAAGCUCUUGUCCUUAAAGCACUUGCCUUUAUUGAAAGGAAUGAAGUGCUUAAAUUGAACAUCCUGCAAGCAAUGCAUUUCCUCACAGGAGCUUGGAAAAUGGCAACAAAGGAAACCAUCUCAAAUUGCUUUCAUAAGGUUGGAUUUAAUGUAAUGAGCUCUCAUGACAAAGACGGUGAUGAAGUAGUAGUGGACAUGCAUGAUUGGGUGCAGGUAUCUAACAACUUCCCCCUCACUUUUAAUGAAUUUGUGGCUUGUGAUGAUAAUUCCAUCACUACAUGCAUCCGAGAUGUUGAGGAAAUCUGCAAAGAUGAAGUAAAGCAGAAUGAUGAAGGUAUUGAAGAAGACAAUGUUAGGGAUGAAAAAAUGCAAACACCAACAUUCAGUGAAGCUAUUGCCAGCAUAGACAUUGUCCGGAGAUUUGUCACAGCAUUUAAAGUGGAGUGCCAUUGUUGA